GCAAUUCAGAUCGCGAAGGAUCAAGCCCAGAUAUGGGAAGUGUCACAGGCACCCGCCAGUCGGAGCAGCAAGACUUAGUGUGGAGGCCACAUAAUAUGGAAGGUGUCAGAGAGACCCUCCAUUUAGAGCAGCAAGCGCCACGACCAAGAACGGAUUCUAUGGAAGGUGUUAGACAAACCAGCCCGGCCCAGUUAGAGCAGCAAGAGUCAAGGCCAAGUAUGGAGGUAGAGGAGUCUCAGGAGUACCCAUUGUCAGCGUUUGAUCGAAAGCGAUAUGCCACAUUGGAGGACAAUCCUGUAAUAGGCAUCGAUCUGGGGACGUCCUACUGCAAAGUUGCUGUGUUUCGCAACAACAUAGACGAUAUAGAGAUCGUUCCGAAUGAGCUUGGACAGACGAUCACUCCCUCCUGCGUGGCAUUCAGUAGGGAGGACGGCUGUCUGGUAGGGGAUGCUGCAAAGAAACACGGCAUGAAGAAUCCGGAGGAGUGCAUAUUCGAGGUCAAGUGCCUCAUGGGGCGAUCAUACCAUGACGCAAGUGUCCAGCAGGACAAAAAGAAGUGGCCUUUCCACGUGUCAUCAGGUCCAAAUGGGGGAGUUGUUCUAGACCUUCCGGACGCACCGGGCAGGCCAAGCUUCUUCAGACCUGAAGAAAUUUCGGCCUUUCUGCUGAAGAAGAUGAAGGAGAUCGCUGAGGAGUUCACCGGUUGCCGUCCGAUCAGGGAUGCGGUCAUUACUGUGCCUGCGUGCUUCAAUCACAGUCAGAGAAAGGCGACCAUGGCUGCCGGGGUCGGCGCCGGAUUGAACGUGUUGCGGCUGAUGAGCGAAACCACAGCUGCAGCACUGGCGUACGGCCAUCAGCAUCUGAUACGGACGGGGCCUGCGGAGAAGAACGUCCUGGUGUUCGACCUGGGUGGGGGAACCUUCGAUGUGUCCAUUGUCACAGUAAAGGCAGGGCCAGAUGGGGACUGCAGCUUUGUAGUGAAGGCAGUGGCAGGGGACUCUCAUCUGGGAGGUGCAGACAUAGACCAACGCCUCGUUCAGCAUGUGGCCGAGCACUUCAAGAAGCCGCUUCGCGGGGAGGAUUUACUGGGCGAGGGAUCAAUUCCGCAAAAGCUGAACCAGGCCGUUGUAGACGCUAAGCAUGCUCUAUCCACAACUAAGGACGUUAUCAUGGCAGAUAUCAAUUUGGGGUACCGUGACCAUGUCCUGAGCUUGAAGCUGGGUCGCCUCGAGCUUGAGGCACUGAGCACAGACCUGUUCCACAAGUGCAUGAGGCUCGUGGAACGAGCCCUUGGUGACGCCAAGGUCAGCAAGGACGAGAUCUGUGACGUUGUGCUGGUGGGUGGAUCGACGAGGAUCCCCAAGGUGCAAGAGAUGCUGACGGCAUUCUUUGGCAAGCCGCCAAUCAGCUCUGUCAAUCCUGAUGAGGCGGUGGCAUUUGGAGCUGCAGUGCAGGCUGGCUUGCUGGCCAGAAGCCACAAGUGUGCGGAGGCAAGCAUAUCCGUUCAGGAUGUCACAUCCGUCAGUGUCGGAGUGGACUCAAGGUUCGACAUUAUGGAUGUUCUUAUCCCCAGAAACUCCCCCCUUCCGGCCAUUGGAAGUACGGAGUAUACACUACUCGACGACGAGGUGUCAGGAACCGUCGGAUUGUAUGAAGGUGAACGUGCUCUCUGUGCACACAACAGGUUUCUCGGGGAGCUCACUGUGGAUGGCUUCACCCCUGGUCCGGCAAGAAUGCAGAACGACGUCAGAGUCGUGCUCACAAUAGAUGCCAACGGGAUUCUCCAUGCCGCAGCCGAGAUGCUCGCAAAGCACAAGGACGUUGGGAGAAAGGUUGAAACCCCGUUUACACUAGGAACUGGUGUUGUGACGUCUUUAGCCGAUGGACUGGACACUAGAACGGAUAGGUAUACGCUAGAAGCGGAGGAUGCCAACAUCUGGGCGGCAAAGGACUCCAUGCUCAGUCUAUGCUCUCUAAUUUUGUGGUUGCGAGCACAGCUGCAUUCGUCCAAAGAAGAUUGCCACACUGAUCUGGAGCUGCAGCUGCGUUUGAAUGAGGCCUGGGCAUGGUGGGAUGGCCAUGAGGAACUCGCUACAAAGGAGGAGUACGAUAGGAGAAUAGCUGAGCUGGAACAGUAUGCAGGUCUUGACUAAGUCCGACUCUUGUCGUGUGUACACCUUGUGUGAUAACGCCGCGAGUCUAUCUGAUUCUUGCGUCUUUGUCGU